AUGGUCCCCUACACUCUCGCCGUAAAGGGCGCCGUGCUGGCGUACUCGUGCCUGGGUAGCGGCCCGCUCCUGGUCACGGUGCCCGGCGCCAACGGAGACGCCGUCAUCUUUAACCAGACCGUGCCCCACAUGGCCAACAACUUCACAGUCUGCUCGUACGACCGCCGCGGCUUCAGCCGCAGCAAUUACACCGAGCCCAACGACCUGACCAUGCCGGUGCGGCUGCAGACGGACGCCGACGACCUCGCCGCCCUCAUCGGCCACCUGUCGCCCGGCAAGCCCGCCCUUGUUUUCGGCACCAGCAGCGGCGCCAUCGUGUCCCUAGAGAUGCUCUCGCGCCAUCCGGAAGCCGUGUCCUUCCUCGUCGCCCACGAGCCGCCCCUGACCAAGAGCCUCGGCGAAGCCGGCGCCCAGGUGCAGGCCGUGUUCGCCAACGCCGAGAAGGCGUUCUUCAGCGAGGGCAUCGAGGCCGCCACGCAGGCGUUCCUGGGGCCCGUCGACCCUUCGAACCCCGAGUCCGUCGCGACGCACAGCGUCCUCGAGUCGCCGGACCGUGCGUCCAACGCGGCCCUCUUCUUCGCCCACGAGAUCAACCACUACACGGCCCACUCGUUCGACACGGUGGCGCUCCAAGCCUUCAGGGACAAGCUCGUUUUCGACAAGGGCGACGCCAGCACCGCUCCCGGCACCUCCAUGACCGACGCGCUCGCCCAGAGCAUCGGCGUCGCCGUGGAGCACACGCCCGGCGGCCACCUCGGCUACACCUCCAAGCCUGUCGAGUUUGCGGCGGCGAUUGCUGAGAUUUUCGCCGCGCACGGAAAGCUGUAG